AUGAGUUCCUCAAACACACAAUUGUUCAACAAUUCAGACAACUACUAUGGUGAGUAUACAGCCACUAUGUCACCAAACGCAUACAACGAAAACAACGAAUGUGAAUAUACCGACAGUCCCCAUGACGAGCUAAUAUCAACCUUGUCAUCAACUUCAAUAAACUCGUUAUUUGAUCCAGACUCUCAGUUCCACUCAACAUCGACACAUCCUGGAACGUCAACAAUUACACCAGCCCUAACGAGAAACAACCUGUUGAAAACCAGACAGAAGCAAACAACAACCCAAGAGUUCAUUAAUACAAUCGAGCAAAAACUACAAAGGCUAAAUUCUGAACACACCAUUAACCACCUCCACAAUUCCAAGUCAACAAUAGAGAGGGCCAAAGUGGUGGUGCUACUAGUUGGCCUCCCUGCAAGUGGAAAAUCCACAUUGUGUCAUCAAAUAAAGGAUUAUAUCCAUUCAACAACUGGAUAUAAAUGUGGUGUCUACAAUGCUGGAGAUGUCCGCAGGAAGAGGUCAAUAACUUUUAAUGACGCCAACUACUUUGACCCCAAUAAUGUUUGUGCCCAGCGUGAUCGUGAUCUCUAUGCUACAAUCACGUUAAAUCAUUUAUUAUCGGAUCUCGAUCAUGUUGAUAUUGGUUUCCUCGAUGCAACCAAUACAACAGUUGAAAGAAGACAAAAAAUGUUGAAGCACAUCAACUCCAAGGAUUUGGCUGCAGUCAUUCUUGAGGUUGAGAGCAUUUUCGCUGACUUCAACAUCGUCAGCGGAAAGCUCAACAAUGCCGACUACAUCCACCAAGAUAACAAGUUGGCGGCGUUCCAAGAUUUCAAGAAUAGGCUCAGCCAUUAUAAGAGUGUGUAUGAGCCGGUCACUUGGGAGGAGCUAGAUGAAAGUCAAGUUACUGCAUAUAUAAAAUGUGUUAAUGGCGGUGAAACUUUUUAG